CGUAUAUCCAUUAGUUCAUUGUCCAGUUCCAGACUAGUUCAAACAUAGCAAAGUCGCUGACACACACUUGCACAUGGCACUGAAGGGCCGUUAGCCACGAAAGGAAAAAAAAAAAAGUCGCUGACACAAAGCAAUGUCUUUAAAAUUUCUUUGAAUAAUUUAUUUAAGAAAAUUAUCGGCUUAUUUAUUUUAUUUUUUAAAAUAACGCCGUACUGACGUUGAUUAAUGAUAAUUUUAUUACUAUUACGAUUGCAUAAAUCACUGGGUCAUCGAAAUCGGGUGGUAAGAUUUCGGUGCUAAUUAGUCAAUAGUAAAUGGAAUAAAUAAAAACAAAAAAUAUAGAUAAUUAUUGUAAAAUGAUUAGACGACAGACUGCAUCGGAAUUGCCAUAUCAGGCAGUUCGUUAUCGGAUUCUGCAAGGAACUAUGGAUGUUAAUACAAAAUGUGAAGUAGAACCAGGGGAAAAGAUGACAGCUUUGCAACUUGCGGUAAAAAAACAAGACUGGAAUUUAAUCAAGUAUCUUCUACAAAAUAACGUUCGUGUCAAUACUUGUACAUCAAGAUGUGAACCGGCACUAUUUUCGGCUAUUAGAUCUGGUAAUGUGAGUUUAGUGAAGACUUUAAUUCAUCAUCGCGCUAAGAUAAAUAUCACGUAUAAUAAUAAUACUCCCCUGCACUUGGCUGUUGAACAAAACAAUUACGCAAUUGCUGAAUUUCUUAUCAAACGAAGAGCCGAAGUAAAUGCUCUAACUGAAGAAAAUCGGAGCCCUCUGCAGAUCGCGAUUGAAAAAAAUAAUAUAAAUUUAGUAAAACUACUGAUUAAAAACAACGCUGAUAUUAAUGUAGUUACAAAAAAUUAUGAAACAGCUCUAAUUUUGUCUAUAUUAAAUGAAUAUUUUGAUUUAUUCAAAAUACUAUUGGAUGCAGGCGCUGAAGUAAAUCCAAUAAAUUUGCCACCGUUAUUCUUGGCCGUAGAAAAAAACUGCUACAAAAUGACUGAACGUCUUAUUGAACGAGGAGCUGAUGUAAAUACUAUUUACAACAAUCAAACAGCGUUAAUAAUUGUCGUUGAAAAAGAAAAUAUGAAGAUCGCUAAAUUAUUAAUUAGAAAUAAAGCAGACGUUAAUAUUGAAGUAGCAGCCGCCAAGACAGCUCUUUCAGUAGCGAUUAUAAAAGGCAAUUUUGUCAUAUUUAAAAUGUUAGUUGACGCGAUCGCUGAUUUGAAUUCCCCCAAUUUAUUGCCACUACAUUUGGCUGUUUUACAAGACAACUAUGAAUUCACGGAAUAUUUGAUCAGUUCUGGGGCGAAUGUCAAUUCUCUUGAUGGCAGACGACAAACACCAUUGCAAAUUUCCGUUACGAAAAAAAAUAAAAGAAUAAUCAAUUUAUUACUUAAGAACAAUGCUGAUGUUAACGUCUUUGAUGGUGAUAAUCUGUCACCGUUAAAGAUUGCUGUUAUCAACGGAAAUGAAGAAAUCGUGGAGUUGUUACUUGAUAAAGCUAAAAUUACUGUUAAAAAAAGUUUGGAAUCACUUUUGAAAAUUGCUUGGAACAAUAGUACUUUUAAAAUUUUUGAAUUAUUAUUUGACAUUGGUCUUGAAAUAUAUCCGUUGGCUGCUGACAAACUCGUACCACCGCUGCAUAUGGCUGUUAUCAAAAAUAAUUUUGAAGCUUUAGAUGGUUUAAUUAGCGAUGGCGUCGAUAUCAAUGGUUCAUUUUGGGAAAAAACGCCAUUAGAAAUUGCUGUUAGAAGAGGGAACAAAAAAAUGGCAGAAUUACUUGUUAAAAAUAAAGCAAACGUUAAUUUGAAAACCGGAGAAAAUAUUCUCCACGUCGCUGUUGAAAAAAAUAACUUUGAAUUGGUGCGUAUGUUGGUUGACGCCGGUGCUGAUGUUAAUUCUGGAGCAAUAUUAGAUCAAGCGAUUGAAAAUAAUAAUUAUAAAAUUGUGGAAUAUCUUAUUUCUAAUGGAGCUGAAAUCAAUAACGCUUAUGAAAACGGUAAAUGGGGAAUAACACCGUUAGAACAUGCGGUUAAAAGAGGGUACCAGCGAAUCGUUCAAUUGCUUAUUGAGUAUAACGUCGAUGUCAACCAUAGAUCUCUUCUAGAACCUGGAUGUUUAACUACAGCUGCAGAAAAUAAGAAUUUUGAAAUAUUCCAGUUACUUUUGGAUUCUGGUGUUAAUAGCCGUCUAUCGCACACAGUAAGGACACUAAUAUAUGUGGCUGUUGAUAAAAAUAAUUAUGAAAUUACCAAACACUUAAUCAAUCACGGAGCUGACGUUAAUACGUGUUUUGAUAAUCGAACACUAUUAUAUCGUGCUGUUGAGAAUGAGAAUGAAAGAAUAGUCGAGUUACUGAUUAACAAUAAAGCCGAUGUUAAUAAAAUUAUUAAACACAAAGAUUUGUCGAGUUCAUUUCCGACAGCUCUUUAUAAAGCUGUUGAAAUUGGUAAUUUAAAUAUACUAAAAUUACUAAUCAACGCUCCUAGCAUCGAUGUCAAUCUAUCUAUUGACUUACACGAGCCACUGAUACAUAAAGCGAUUCGUCAGAACAACUACGAAAUAAUCAAGUGUCUGAUAGAACAUGGAGCGAACAUUAAUACUGUACAUGAUCUUGAAACACCACUAAAUAUUGCCAUCAGUAAUGGAAAUAAAGAAGUAGUUGAACUACUGAUUGAGAAUAAGGCAGACGUCAAAGCUGCUCCAGGCUUCUUGAACUCGCUUCUUCAUAUGGCUAUUAAAAAAAAUAAUUUUGAAAUAUUAGAUAUACUAAUCAAUAUUGAUCCGACUGAAGUGUAUCCAUCUUAUGGCCAGCCACCGCUACUUACAGCUGUACGCGAAAAUAACUUUGAAAUGACUCGAUACUUGAUAAAAUUUGGAGCUGACGUUAAUACCUGUUAUGAUUAUCCAUUGCAUAUUGCAGUUAAUAAUAACAAUAAAAACAUAGUGAAAUUACUGAUUGAGAAUAAAGCGAAUGUUAAUUUCAUUACUGAAUCUGGAGUAUCAGCUCUCGGCAUUGCCGUUGAGGAAGAAAGUUUUGAAUUAGUAAAAAUAUUAUUGGACAGUGGUGCUAACAUCAAUUUAUCUUCUGAUAAAGAUUACUCGCCAUUGCAACAUGCGAUCAUGAAAGGCAACUAUCGAAUCGCUAAAUAUCUGAUAAAUCACGGUGCAAAUAUAAAUGCUCUUUGCCGUAGUCAAGAAUGGGCUACAAAGCGUGAUAAUUGUUGCAAUUCAUUGACUAAUUGUAUCAGCGAUUCACAAUGUAGUUUAUUACAGUUUGCCAUUGACUGUAAAAAAACUGAAAUGGUAAAACUAUUGAUUGAAAAUAAGGUUGACGUGAGGUUGGUUGAGAGAAAUUAUCCACUAUUUAUGUUCGAUGUUAUUAAAUAUCAGAGUCAUAAAAUAUUGGAGCUCAUAUUGUCUACUCAAGUUGAUGUCAAUUGCAUUGAUACUCGCGAGCUUGGUUGUGAUGAAACUCUUCUGCAUGCUGCUGUGAAAUUAAAAUAUAUGAAUAUCGACAAAGUCAAAUUGUUGCUAAUGAGCGAAAAUUUUAUUGAUGUUAAUGCACUAGCAAAGGGUGGUAAAUCUGUUCUUCAUUAUGCUGUCGAUAGAGGUCAUACGCCAAUUAUAAAUCUUCUUCUGAAUGCAGGUGUUAAAAUUCGCAAGUAUGACGCAAUGGCAGUUAUGGGUCAUCGUUAUACUGAUAGACAAAUAAUUAUAGAACAUAUUGUCAAACUGAAAGCUGCUAAUUUACAUCUUGGUUAUGAAAGCAUACUCGAUCUAAGUGAUGAAAAAUUUAAUAAUCUGUAUGCCGAGUGCCUAAAUGAAAUUGAAAUUAUGAAAAGAACAAAAAUCGUGAAAAGUAAUUUAUCAUAUUACGAUGUGAUAACUAAGAGCAAGCAUAAAAUAGCUUUAGGUUUGAGUCGCACUAAUUUUUACGUCAAAUUUAACAGCAAAAUGUUAUCAUCACGAUUCCCAUUAUAUAGCGGAAUGAUCAGCUACCGCCUGGACGAAGCACAAAGAAGACGACAAUUAUUAGAAAAAUCUAAUGAGCUUCUUUCCCUUGUUUUUUAUGGCAACUUAUCGUAUGAUAUUAUAACUCGAAUAAAUUAUUAUUUAACUUCUCGAGAUUUAAAAAUUUUAUCUUCACAUAUAGAUAAUUAUUGUAAAAUGAUUAGACGACAGACUGCAUCGGAAUUGCCAUAUCAGACAGUUCGUUAUCGGAUUCUGCAAGGAACUAUGGACGUUGAUACAAAAUGUAAAGUAGCCCCAGACGAAAAGCUGACAGUUUUGCAACUUGCGGUAAAAAAUCAAGACCGGAAAUUAAUCAACUAUCUUUUACAAAAUAACGUUCUUGUCAAUACUUAUACAUCAAAAUGUGAGCCGGCACUUUUUUUGGCUAUUAGGUCUGGUAAUGUGGGUUUAGUUGAGACUUUAAUUCAUCAUCGCGCUAAAAUAAAUAUCACGUAUAAUAAUACUACUCCACUACACUUGGCUGUUGAACAAAACAAUUACGCAAUUGCUGAAUUUCUUAUCAAACGUAGAGCCGAAGUGAACGCUUUGACUAAACAAAAUCGGAGCAUUCUGCAGAUCGCCAUUAAAAAAAAUAAUAUAAAUUUAGUGAAACUGCUGAUUGAAAACAACGCUGAUCUUAAUGUAGUUACAAAAAAUUAUGAAACAGCACUAAUUUUGUCUAUCAAACGAAAUAAUUCUUAUUUAUUUGAAAUAUUAUUAGAUGCAGGCGCUGAAGUAAAUUCGGUAAAUUUGCCACCGUUAUUCGUGGCAGUUGAAAGAAAACGCUACACAAUGACUAAACGUCUUAUUGAACGAGGAGCUGAUGUAAAUACUAUUUACAACAAUCAAACAGCAUUAAUAAUUGCCGUUGAAAAUGGAUAUAUGACGAUCGUUGAAUUAUUAAUUAAAAAUAAAGCAGACGUUAAUAUUGAAGUAGCAGCCACCAAGACAGCUCUUUCAGCAGCGAUUAUGGAAGGCAAUUUUGUCAUAUUUAAAAUGUUAGUUGAUGCGAUCGCUGAUUUGAAUCCCCCCAGUUUAUUGCCACUACAUCUGGCUGUUUUACAAGACAACUAUGACUUCACGGAAUAUUUGAUCAGUUCCGGAGCGAAUGUCAAUUCUCUUGAUGGCAGACGACAAACACCAUUGCACAUUUGCGUUAUGAAGAGAAAUAAAAAAUUAAUCAACUUAUUACUUAAGAACAAUGCUGACGUUAACGUCUUUGAUGAUGACAAUCUGUCACCGUUAAAGAUUGCUGUUAUUAACGGAAAUGAAGAAAUCGUGGAGUUGUUACUUGAUAAAGCUAAAAUUACUGUCAAAAAAAGUUUGGAAUCACUUUUAAAAAUUGCUUGGAACAAUAGUACUUUUAAAAUUUUUGAAUUAUUAUUUGACGUUGGUCUUAAAAUAUAUCCAGUGGCUGCUGGUAAAAUUGUGCCACCGCUACACAUGGCUGUUAUUAAAAAUAAUUUUGAAACUUUAGAUGGUUUGAUUAACGAUGGCGUUGAUAUCAAUGAUUCAUUUUGGGAAAAAACGCCAUUCGAAAUUGCUGUUGGAAGAGGGUGCAAAAAAAUGAUAGAAUUACUUGUCAAAAAUAAAGCAAACGUUAAUAAAAAAAACAGAGAAAAUAUUCUCCAAGUCGCUGUUAAAACAGAUAACUUUGAAUUGAUGCGUAUAUUGAUUGACGCCGGCGUUGAUGUUAAUUCUGGAUCACCCUUAGAUCAAGCGAUUGAAAACGAUAAUUAUGAGAUUGUGAAAUAUCUUAUUACUAAUGGAGCUAACGUCAAUUCCGUUGAUACCUUCAUUUCUAGUGUCGGGAAAAUAACUCCAUUACAACGUGCUGUUAGAAAAGGAAACAAAAAAAUCGUUAAAUUACUGAUUGAAUAUAAAGCCGAUGUUAAUGCUAGACCAUUUCCUCCUGAACCUGCAUGUCUAACAACAGCGAUGCAAAAUGAUAAUUUAGAAAUAUUCCAAUUACUUUUGGAUGCUGGUGCUGACAUCCAUAUAUUUCAUAACGAAACACCUUUAAUAUUUAUGGCUGUUGAUAAAAAUAAUUAUGAAAUUACUAAACUCUUAAUCAAUCACGGAGCUGAUGUUAAUACAUGUUUUGAUAAUAAAACACUAUUAUAUCGUGCUGUUGAGAAUGAGAACGAAAGAAUAGUCGAGUUAUUGAUUACCAAUAAAGUCGAUGUUAAUAAAAUUAUUGAAGACAAAAAUUCAUUGAAUUCAUUCCCGACAGCUCUUCAUAAAGCUGUUGGAAUUGGUAACUUAAAUAUAGUAAAAAUAUUAGUCAACGCUUCGAACAUCGAUGUCAAUUUAUCUAAUGGAUUGAAAGAUCCACCGUUACAUGAAGCGAUUCAUAAAAACAACUACAAAAUAACUAAGUGCUUAAUAGAACAUGGAGCGAAUAUUAAUACUGAUGCAUAUAAACAUCCAUUAGAUAUUGCCAUUACCAACGGAAACAAAGAAAUAGUUCAAUUACUGAUAAAAAAUAAAGCAGACGUUGAUAUCACUACUGAAUCUGGAGUAACAGCUCUCAGUAUCGCUGUUCUGCAUAAAAGUUCAGAAUUGGUGAAAAUGUUAUUAGAUGCUGGUGCUAACGUAAAUCCUUCCUCCAGCAUCCCACCAUUGCAUAUCGCUGUUCGUUAUCGAAAGAUAAAAACGGCAAAAUUACUGAUAAAAAACAAAGCAGAUGUUAAUUUCAUUACUGAAUCUGGAGAAUCAGCUCUCGGCAUUGCUGUUGAAGAAGAAAGUUUUGAACUAGUCGAAAAAUUAUUGAACAAUGGUGCUGACAUCAAUUUAUCAUCUGAUAAAGAUUACUCGCCAUUGCAAUAUGCGAUCAUGUUGGACAACCGUCAAAUCGCUGAAUAUCUGAUAAAUCACGGUGCAAAUAUAAAUGCUCUUUGCCGUCGUAAAGAAUCGACUUCAAAGCGUGAUGAUUGUGACAAUUCAUUGACUAAUUGUAUCAGCGAUUCACAAUGUAGUUUAUUAGAGUGUGCCAUUGACUAUGAAAAAACUGAAAUGGUAAAACUAUUGAUUGAAAAUAAGGUUGACGUGAGGUUGGUUGAGAUGAAUAAUCCACUAUUUCUUUUCGAUGUUAUUAAAUAUCAGAGUCAUAAAAUACUGGAGCUGAUAUUGUCUACCCAAGUUAAUGUCAAUUGCAUUGAUACUCGCGAGCUCGAUUGUAGGGAAACUCUUCUGCAUGCGGCUCUAAAAUUACAAAGUAUCGAUAUUGAAAAAGUAAAAUUGUUGCUAAUGAGCGAAAAUUUUAUUGAUAUUAAUUCACUAACAACUGAUGGUAAAUCUGCCCUUGAUUAUGCUGUCGACAGAGGUCAUAGGCUUAUUGUUAAUCUUCUUCUUAAUGCAGGUGUUAAAAUUCACAGGUAUGACGUUGUGACAGUUAUGGAUCAUCGUUAUACUGUUAUACAAAUAAUUAUAGAACAUAUUGUCAAACUGAAAGCUGCUAAUUUACAUCUUGGUUAUGAAAGCAUGCUCGACCUAAGUGAUGAAAAAUUAAAUAAUCUGUAUGCCGAGUGCCUAAAUGAAAUUGAAAUUAUGAAAAAAACAAAAAUCGUGAAAAGUCAUUUAUCAUAUUAUGAUGUGAUAACUAAGAGCAAGCAUAAAAUAGCUUUAGGUUUGAGUCGUACUAAUUAUCAUGUUAAAUUCGACUUCAAUAUGUUGAUAUUACAAUUCCCAUCAUAUGGAGGAAUGAUUUGCUACCACCUAAAUGAAGCACGAAGAAGACGACAAUUAUUAGAAAAAUCUAAUGAGCUUCUUUCUGUUAUUUUUUAUGGUAACUUGCCAUACGAUAUUAUAAGUCACGUAAACUAUUAUUUAACUUCUAGAGAUUUGAAAAUUUUAUCUUCACGUUGAUGACAAAACUAUUUAAUGGGCUUUCGACAAAAUGUAAAUUAUGUUUCUUCUGAUACUGGAAUUAACUGACGUCUAAUAAUUUUUGGAUCUUUUUUCAAACCGAAAAUAUAAAGAAAAAAAAUUAUUUCAGAAAAUUGCACCUACAGCUUUUUUCAUUCUCUACAUGUACAUAUUUUUAGUUUUUUUUUGUUAAGUUGCUGAAAAUAAAUCACAAAUUGUCAAUUGUAUGCUAAUUUCAGAAUCAUUGUUUGAAAAAAUUCAGUCUUUAAUAAAUGC